AUGUUGCCAACCAAUAACAUGGGAGUUUCACGGGGUUGACAGGGAGUAGGACCUAAGACGCGCAAUAUAAUCUGAAUUUCAACUGUGCAGAGCAAGUGGGAGUUAUGAUUUUAAUUGCUCAGGAAUAAUCAACAUUAACAACUAUUCAGAAUGUUCGCUUCAAGGCUUGAAUCAAGGCAGUGUUUGGAAAUAUUAAUUGAACUGUGCUUUGUGCAAUGCUUCUGCCGCCUAUUAAAAUCGUGUUUAGUUUGAAUCUUACAAAAGCAGUAUUACGAACAUUUUUGUACGUUCGAAAGCAUAUUACAUGUCACUAUCAGAGACUGUUAAAACAGUUAUGUGCCCUAUACAUACAUACGCUCACGCCACUUGCCCCUGUUAGGUAAAGCAAAGCAAAAAGACAUUUUGCGAUAAUCAAACAAAGGGAGCCCGAGUGUUGAAAAUUAUUCAGCUGCAUGUUUUUACCUAAUGAAAGACUGUGUCGCCUAUAGCCAAAUAAAUGACAAGCCAUUGUGUGUAAUGUGUAUAGAGUUAAAUAAGACGGUGCAUUGUAUAUAAGUCUAAACUUUGAUCUUUGAUUAAUCAUAUAUUUAGUUUAAUAUAACUUAAUUUUGUUCAAGUAUAUAUGUAAAAGAUGGCUCUAAAGCCUCCAGAUGCAGAAUAUGUGCUGAGGGAGGAAAGAACUGUGCAUAGCUUGUUAUUCAUGGAGGACACGCUGCUUGCUGGAACAGAAGAUGGUCAGAUUUCUGAAUGGAACCUUACAACAUUUCGCAAAGAGAAGACUGUACUUAAUGCCGGAACAUCAGCAUGUAUGGCCUUGAAAUUGCUCAAUAAUACACUUGUGACACAAGAGAGGAAAGGCCAUAUAAAUUUAUGGACACCUCAAGAAUCCUCAUGGAUUGUAUCUAAAUUUGUGCAUCUUGAUUAUUGUGGAUUUAGUAGAAUUGAUGUUGCAGAUGACCAAGGAGGAAUUGUGGCAUGCCCCAAGAAGAAUUCAGUUGUUGAAAUUUAUUCUUUGAAAACCCAUUCCAAAAUUAUAUCUUUUGAGAGAGAUAAAGAUGAUAAUGUUGCUCUAGGAGAAGUAAUGGCAUUAAAAGUAAUCCAUAUCAGUCAAGAGCCAUAUCUGUUGGUGACAUAUGAGAAUGGAGAUUUGCAUUUGUGGGAUUUCAGGAAACGGCAUAUAGUGGAUCAUUUGAAAUUUGAGAAUUGUCUAACUGCUGUAGAUUUCAGUGAAGUUACUAUGAGUGGCAUAUGUGGUAGUGUAUCCAGUCAGGUGAUGUUUUUCAACAUUGACAAAAACAGUAGUCUUGUCAGAACACGAACAAAGGAAAUAAUUAAUCCUGGCAUUAAUAGUAUAAAGAUACGCUCUGACAACAGAAUUGUAGCACUAGGAUGCUGGGAUGGACGCAUACGACUUUUUUCAUGGAAAUCUCACCGGCCUCUAGCAGCACUGACAGAACAUUCAGCAGAAAUCAAUGAUGUUUGUUUUUCUGGGGGGCGUGUAGUACAGUUCAUGGCAGCAGGAGGAAAGGACAGAAAAAUCUCACUCUGGAAUAUAUAUAGCACCACAUCUGUAUAAGGGCUGUGUCCAAGAAGAUCUAUGUUUGUCCCAUUUUGUUGUUUAAAGAAAUACCAGAAGACUGAGCAACAUGCCAAAUGCCCAUCAUGUCCUGUGUCUUGCAGGAUUUGUUUCAUGUUAUAUGAGUGUAGCAAAAUGGCAGUGUUUCAGUUAGAAUAGUAUUAUAAUUUUUUAAGGUGCCAGUAUGUAACAGAAUUUGCACAUUUAACAGUAUAUUUGAUUCUUGUAUUAAUGUUCAGACAUUGUACUUCACACCAUCAAGCAAUUAAUUGAAACUCAACUUUUGCUUGUGUGUUAAAAGGUUCAAAUCAUGCAGAAUGAGAUAGGUGGAACAUGGAGAAUAUAUGGGGAUGACGAGUAUGUAUUCAAAAUUUUAGUUGAAAAUCCUGAAAGGGAGAGGUUCCUUGGGAGACCUAGUUAUAGGAUGGAAUAUAAUAUUAAAGAUUUGAGGUUUUCAUGGCCGUGACUAUGAAGAAGAAUGCUGUCUUCUGGGAUGUGAC